UCAGAUCGGGUCCAACUUGCUUGAGACCUUCAAUUUUUUUUUUUUAAAUUAUAAAAAGGCAAACCCUAGAUUCAUCUCUGACAUGACAUCGAGCGGUUUCCACGAUUGAUCGAUUCUUUCAUUAGGGGCGUUUUUCAUCUCAACAAAUCUCGCAGGUCUAUUCCUCUCUUUACGGCGGGUGGCGAUGGCCGGCGGCAAGAAGAAGGGAAGGGGAAAGACGAAUAAGAAACCCCCGCCGGAGCAACUUCUCGCUUCCCGAUAUAUUCACGAGUGGGUCUUCCGCGAGGAACGAGACUCGCCGCAACAAGCGACCUCCGAUGCCGAUGGGUUCUUGCGGCCGCCUCUGCUGAAGCGUUCUGCGAUUGAUCGUGUAGUCUUCGAGUUUCACUGCCAUUCCAAGUUCAGCGAUGGGUACUUCACGCCAUCGGAGGUCGUUGCGAGAGCCCAUAGGCAUGGAGUGAAAGUUCUCGCUCUAACAGACCAUGAUACGAUGGCCGGCAUCCCAGAGGCCAUGGAAGCAGCCCACAAACUCGGCAUCCUAAUUAUACCAAGUGUCGAAAUAAGUACUUUAUAUUCUACAAGUUCUGGGGCUGAGGAACCUGUGCAUGUCCUGGCAUACUAUGGAAGCUGCGGCCCUGAAAAAUACGAGGAACUGAAUGAAUUGCUGGCCACUAUAAGAGAUGGGCGUUUCUUUAGAGCACAGAAUAUGUUACUAAAGCUAAGCAAUUUAAAAAUGUCUGUUAAGUGGGAGCAUAUUGUUAAAAUAGCAGGGGAAGGUGUGGCUCCUGGAAGAUUGCAUGUCGCUCGAGCGAUGGUUCAAGCCGGGCACGUCGAUAAUCUAAAGGAAGCUUUUAGCAAAUAUUUGUAUGAUGGCGGGCCGGCUUACGCCAGGGGAAGUGAGCCUUCUGCAGAAUCAGUGGUAAAAUUGAUUUGUAAUACUGGUGGUGUAGCUGUCUUGGCUCAUCCUUGGGCAUUAAAAAACCCAUCUGCUGUCGUCCGAAGCUUGAGGGCGGCUGGACUUCAUGCCAUGGAGGUCUACCGAAACAAUGGCAAGGUGGACGGGUACGGCGAAUUGGCAGAUUUGCACGGCCUUAUAAAGCUCGGAGGAUCAGAUUUCCAUGGCCGAGGUGGUGGUGAUGAAUCAGAGAUCGGCAGUGUUGAUCUUCCAGUUGUUUCCAUCUACAAGUUUUUGAAGCUGGCGAGGCCUAUUUGGUGCAAUGCCAUUAAGAGCAUUCUACAGAGCUUCACCGCGGAGGACAGCAGCAUGAAAGUGGAGAAGAUGACCAUUUUUGGAAAGCCUUUUGAGCUUAGAAAACGGUCGGAAUCCAUUAGCUGUGUUGCAGACAUUGUUGAUCUCUGUCUUUCUUCCUGGCUGAGCAGUGAGGAGAGAAUGGAAGCUGAAUUUGAUGCCAUUAAGUUGAGGCUGAAAGACACUGUAAUCAGUAAUGGGGAAUUUUUAAAGCCUGUUGGUAGCCAACAGGCUUCAUGAACAAUUCUGAAGUAGCAAUUUUUUUCCUUCCUGGGA